CGUGGUCAAAGGGUUGAGCUGUGUGGCCCGACAAGAGAGACCCCUGCCCUCACCCAACAAGCUAUGCUGGGCCAAGGGAGCUGCCUCCCUCUCUGAUCUGCAGCCACCUCUCUCACCUCACAGUUCUUACGGGAGCCAUGAAGCUGAACGAGAGGAGUGUGGCCCACUACGCACUGAGCGACUCCCCAGCAGACCACACGGGUUUCCUGCGCACUUGGGGGGGACCAGGGACUCCACCCACCCCCAGUGGCACUGGCCGAAGGUGCUGGUUUGUCCUCAAGGGCAACCUACUGUUUUCCUUCGAGAGUCGAGAGGGCCGGGCCCCGCUGAGCCUGGUGGUGCUGGAAGGCUGCACGGUGGAGCUGGCUGAGGCUCCUGUGCCUGAGGAGUUUGCCUUCGCCAUCCGCUUCGACGCCCCUGGUGUGCGCCCACACCUGCUGGCGGCAGAUGGGCCGGCGGCCCAGGAGGCGUGGGUGAAAGCGCUAUCCCGGGCAAGCUUUGGCUACAUGCGCCUGGUGGUGCGCGAGCUGGAAAGCCAGUUGCGUGAUGCCCGCCAGAGCCUGGCGUUGCAUCGCCACUCCUCCUGGAGGGCCGUUACCAGCCGCUGUAAGCCCCAGGCUCCUGACCGCUGGUCUCCGGGCCUGGAGAACGGCCACUCCCGCUCCAGGGAUUGCAGUCCCACAGGGUUGGUUGAAGAACCGAGCAGCAGGCCAGCAGGGCGGGGCUUGGCUGAGUGGGAGUUGCAGGGCCCUGCCAACCUCCUCCUAGGGAGGGGACAGAGCCCUGUGUCCCCUGAGACCUCCUGCUUCUCUACCCUGCACGACUGGUAUGGCCAAGAGAUCAUGGAGCUGAGGCAGGGAUGGCUGCAGAGGGCCCGGGGGGCCCAGCCAGAAUGUGAGGAACAGAAUAGGCCCUGAGCCUUGGUCCUUUGGAUUCUGCCUUCGUCCUGCUGGUCAGGACACCAGUGCCAGUGCUUUUUCAGGAGUUUAAUGUUUACUCAUUUCCAAAGUUGCUUUUUGAGGGGGGUUCUCUCCUUCCUGCUUUUUAGGCUUUCUCCAGGUUCCAGAUCCACUCUUGUGCCUGGAGGGGACGGAGGUAUCAUUACUUCCAACCCCUUUAUUUCCUGAGGCCCAGAGGUGGCUUGCUCAGCAGCCACAGAGCAAGACCCAAGUCUCCUGACUCUGUGCUGCGCUGCCCCUCUCUCAGAGGAUAUUAAUGAAAUGGAGGAAGUGGGGAAUAUUACAUGGCCACAGGCCACCCUGACUUUCACCUACACGCCAAACUACAGCCAUAAUUUCCAACAUGGUGAGUCUUGUGUGCAUUUAAAUACUACAAGUUGGCUGUACUGUUGACUUGAGGGACUGACCUUAUCAGAGAAUGUAGAUUUAUUGUGUCAUGGGGGUUUCUGGGGCCCAGCUCUUUCUGAGUGGCAGAAGGGAUUGCAGUCCCUCAUGCGGGGUGUGGGUGGGGGCAUGGGACCCCCAUUCUGCAGUUUGGGAAGGGCCUUUUGGACGGAGAGGGCCUUUAGCCAAUACAAAGGGAUUUAUUCUGCUCGGAAAGUGUUGGGGCCCAUACUCUCUCCCUGGCUGCCCUGUUAACAGAUGGUAUUGGAUGUUGCCCCAGGAGGGGCUCAUAGCUUUUGUAUGUCAGCAGAAAUCCUUAUGCUCUGUCCUCAGCAGCUAGCUCCUAGAGCUGCCAAGUGGGAAGCUAAAGAAGAGGUGGGGAGGCAGUGUGGCUCCCUGGGAAAGCUACUUUGGUUCCCAGUCCUGGGCAUUCUAGGAGCUUGGGCACAGGAUUCUCGGUACCCUGUGAUAAACUAUUCUCUCCUGACUGCUCCUGAAACUACCUGGGAACUCAUUCACAGGCCUGCUUGUCACCCCGUGUGUACCUGCCAAGACCCUUUCACUGCUACUCUCACCAGCAUCGGCCAAGUGUUUUCUUUGUCGUUUGUUCUGGGAGGCAAAUUGGCUGGGUCCAAAGAGCUGAGCCCAGACUAGCUUGACACCCUAGGGGUAUGGUGGCAGUGGCUGAAUGGAUGAUUCAGAACCUGGUCGGAGACCCUGCCCCAAAUACACACAACCUGCCCCUUCUUAGCCUCUCUCUCCCUUAUGGGGGUCACAGGCAGCCUGAUCAAGGCCUAGAGGCUGAGGCUCAGAGCCUCUUAGGGCCAGGACGCUGAGAUGUGGCCCAGGAUCCAGGACCCGUUCCUGCCUGGCUUGUUUCCCACAAAGAGGGGCCGCAUUCCCACCCCUGUACAGGAGCCCACAGCCCACUGCACCUUGUUUUAUACGCAGAUACUCCAGGCUUUUAUCUUUCUUAUUGUUACUGUGUUUUUUAUACGAUUAAAACACUAAGUUUUUUUUUACUCAUUUCGGUUCCUCAAGUUUAUUUCAACGGCCACCUGAGGGCUGCUCUCUCAAGCCCUGGCUGUCCUGGGUGGGGAACAACGACAGAAAUCUCAAGGCUU